UUCUCUCCUCUCUCUCUAACUUUCUAAGUGUUCAAAACCCUUUCUCUCCCCCUCGACUCUCCUUUCUCUCUCUCUCUCUCUCUCUGCCAGGCCCCUAACCCCGCACAUUUUUUUUUUUUUUUUAAUAUCAUUGCUUUUUUUCAUUUCUCUUUCCCUUUACUUCGAAGCAGCCCUCCCCUCCCCCCCUCUCUCCAUCUCCCUUCCUUUCAUUCUCUUGCCUCCCUCCCUCUUUCUCACUCUAAAACAUGAGCGGCGGAUUUAGGGUUGGGGCCUCCAGCUCGGUUCCCGCGAGCGUUCGGAAGACCAUCCAGAACAUCAAGGAGAUCGCGGGCAAUCAUUCCGACGAUGAGAUAUACGCAAUGCUUAAGGAGUGUUCUAUGGAUCCCAAUGAGACCGCUCAGAAGCUCCUAUUUCAAGAUACUUUCCAUGAGGUGAAAAGGAAGCGUGACAAGAGAAAAGAGAACACAAUCAACAAAGAGGCUGGGGAUCAUAGGUGGAGAGCUGGUAUGCAAGGCCGAGGUGGGAGGGGUGGAAGAGGGAAUGUGUCUUCUCGUUAUAUCUCACAUGAUGCUGGUGGUGGAAAAACUGUUGCUGCAAAGGAAAAUGGGAUUGACCAAGCACCUGAGAAAGAAGCUCCAAUAUUAUCUUCUUCAUGCAAGACACAGAUUUCUGAGAAUAAGCAGAAGAGUCCUCUGUCAAGCCCAAUAUCAGCAAUGCCUAAUGGUUCAGGAAGCACGAUCCAGGAUAAUACAGUUCAUGUCCAUGCAGCCCCAGUAUCUGAGAUAAAGGAUUCUCUUGCUAGAGAAGAUUUGGUUGACCGUAACAUGAUAGAAGGAAGCCUGGAAACUCCAUUAUCUGAAGUGGAAAGAAGCACUGGUUCUAUUAUUUCUGCUCAGAGUGGACAAAUGGCAGCAAAUCCUGGUCAAAUAUCAAGUCAGGCACCUUCGUGUUUGUCAGGCGUUUAUUCGUCAUCAUCUGAUCCUGUGAUAAAUCCAUCCCAUGGUCCACGAGUCGCAGGUGCAGUUGGUGCUAUUAGGCGUGAAAUUGGAAGUCAUCGGCCAAAUCAUGAGGCAAUUACUACAGUUCCUUCAGAGGUGAAGUUGGCUGCACCAAACUUGCCGGACCAGCUAAACGUCAAUAAAAAUAUUUCCAAUGAUGCAACUAAUUUGGAGCAAUCACCAUCUGUCAGUGAUAAGGCCAUGUUAGGGACUGAAAGCUCCUCAUGUGCGCUGGUAAUGAGUAAACCUCAAGCAAUGGAAAGAAGCCAACUCCAAGAAUCUGAGUCUACUGCAACAUCCACUCCAUCUGGUUUGGUUGUUAGUAGGCCUUCAUCCAAUUAUAGUUCGCGGUCACAACCAGCUGUUGGUCCACAGAAAGCAGUUGGACCUAGCAAGGAGUGGAAGCCAAAGCCCACUGUUCCGAGUUCUGCUUCACUAACAGGAAACCGGAGCUUGUCUACUGGUAUGACAAGCACAAAUGAAGUGAAUUUCCAGUCAUUGCCUUCACGAUCAGUUGUGUCAGAAGAAGCUACUUCAACAAUUCAAAAGAAGUUAGAAGAGAUUCACUUCUCAGAUGGUCAGCAUGUCAUUAUUCCAAAUCACCUUCAAGUUCCUGAGUCUGAAAGAUCUGCGUUGAGUUUUGGAAGCUUUGGUGCUAGCUUUGAGGUUGGUGGUGUAUCAAGUGAUCUGGAUGGUGGGAAAAGCUCUACUCCUCUGUCUGAAUCGUCCCAAGUGGUAGAUGAAAGUUCUGAGGAGCCUUCAUCAAGCGUUCCUAAUGCCAACUUAAGCAAUCAGGCAGAGUAUCUUGAUGUUCCACAGUCAACCCCUCAUGGAACAGACGAUUUAGCACCCAGUGAUGCCAACGUUUCAACAAAUGUUGGGGAAGAUUUGGAAUCUGAUCAAACCAAGACGGAUGCUGGUCCUGCAUCAGGUGGUCCACAGUACUCUGCUGUACAAGCUGCUCCUAACUAUUCCACCUUUGGUUUGAUUCCACCGAUAAUGUCCGGCCAGUUUCCUCCACUUGAAAGCAGUGAACCUCAGGGCUGUGAUGUCUCUCGCAUUCCAAGUUUUGUUGUUCAGCAACCAUUUGAUCCGUCAACAAGCUACUAUGCUCCAUUCUACCGGCCUGGCACUGAUGGUGAUGCUCGCGUUGCUCAAUUUCUUGUCCCUGGUUCAUCUACAAAAUACAAUGGAAACAUUGCUGUAUUGUCUGCUCAGUCAGGCCCAUCUCUGGCAGAGAGUGGAAACUCUCUUGUUCUAUCAAGCACUGCUUCCUCGCCUCUUGGAGCCCAAACUGCUGGAGUCAUGCAGAGUUCUAUUGCUGUAAACCAGCAACCUGUGCCUGUAUUUAGGCAACCUGCUGGCAUGCAUAUAUCACAUUAUCCUCCUAACUAUCUUCAUUACAACCAAUAUUUCCCUCCAGUCUACGUUCCACCACCAUCUCUUCAUCAUUUUCUAAGUAAUACUGCUUUCCCUCAGCAACCUCCAGCUGGUCUGAUGUUCCCACCACCUGCUGCUGCAGCCGCAACUCCAGUCAAGUAUUCUCUCUCUCAAUACAAGCCUGGAACGAACCUUGGUAAUGCAACCAAUGUAGGAAUGCCAGCUGGAUAUGGAAAUUAUAGCUCAGCUCCGGCUGGAUAUAGUUCCAGUCCUCCUGUGACUACAGGAAACUCUAGCGGGAAUGAGGACAUUGGUGGGUCACAGUUCAAAGAAAACAAUGUCUACAUUGCUGGGCAGCAGAGUGAGGGCUCCGGUGUCUGGGUUCCUGCUCCUGGCCGGGAUGUUUCAAGUUUGCAGGCUAGCUUGUUCUACAACUUGCCUCCUCAAGGGCAGCAUGUGACAUUUGGUCCUACCCAAGGAGGCCAUGGUGCAUUUGCAGGGAUUUUUCACCCAGCACAGACCAUGGCAGCAGCUACAGUGCAUCCUCUCUUGCAGCAGUCGCAGACCAUUGGCCCUGCCGUAGAAGUUGCUGGGCCACAAGCUGGAGUCUAUCAGCAAUCACAACAGAUAAAUUGGGGCAAUACUUAUUGAAAAUUAAUAAAUUGACACCAGAAUUUCUUAAAGCAGAAUGAGAAAACUUGCAUGGAUCAUCGGCCUGAGAUCUGUGAAUGUACAUAUAUACACAAGGAGGCCAAGAUGGAAUAUGGAACCAGGUCCCUGUUUCCGCCUGCCUAAGUAUUGAAGAAAAUGUCAAGUUGCUUGGUUGGAAGGAAUUCAUCAUUGACUCAUUAUUAACCAUUUAAGUUAGUCGGUGGAGGGUACGUGUAGAUCCUCCUUUUCCUUUGUCCCUUUUCUGGUUUCCCUGGUGAGUUUAAGUUUUGAAUUAUUGUGGGUGGUAAAAGUUUAGCGUCGUUCUUCCGCUUUUCCCUCUCGUUUCCUUGAAUUUUGUUUGAGGUUUUAGGGCUGGAAGGUAAGUAUGAAAUGGUGGGGUUUUCAUUAUUUUCCACUGACUUACCUCUGUAGAGUAAAUUUUUCCUAUAGCAGAUGUAUUAAACUUGUUGUAAUUGGUAUAAGGGAAUCACCAUCUCUCUAAGUUCCUUUUUA